UCUAACUUUUCAAUUUCCCUAAUACAGAUUAUUUUUAUUUUGUUUAGAUGGCAUAGAGCUGUGUCUAUCAACUUAGUAAAACAGAAUAUAUUGGUCCCCAAAGAAGAAUCAUCCAGUGAUAAUGACAUGGAAUUUCAUGAAAGCCAACAAAAUCAGAAAAAAAUGAUGAAGAAAGUGAAGACUGUUUGGGGGAGGAUGCUGUCAUGCAAGUAUAGAAGCAAGCCAGCAAGUCCCAGCGGAGCAGGCUCCACCAGCCACAGGGAAACCCUCCUUUCCAACACGCAGAGUCUUCUUCCUAGGCUUGUCAAGGAGCUCCCAUCGCCCAAGUUAUUUACCAAACCAAGAAUGAGAAAGCUCUCACAGAAUGCGACUAUACAACUUUAUGUUGUAGAAGCAGAGACAGAGGAAAUAACCCGAGGAAAUACACCUCUCCAGGCCAAGAGAACCAUCAAGAGGUUAUAUGUGCCAUCCCUUCCUUCAGGACUGCAAAGAUUUGGGGCUAUGAAGGACAUGGUUCCGUAUUCAUCAAAAAAGAGACCACACUUUGCAGCCCUUAGAAAAAGGAAACAUAGAAUGGAAAACAUCCUCCAAAAAUCAGAUUUGACUGUAGGAAAGCUUCAAAUGCAGGUGGAUGACCUCAUAGAAACGGUGACAGAUAAAUCCACGAAGUUAUUGGCCCAAAGACAUGCUGAGCUUCAACAGUGUGAGUUUCUAGGGGAUGAAAUUCUUCAGUCUUCUAAGCUGUUUCAGAGGAUAGCCAAGAAAACCAUGAGGAAGUAUAAAUUGAAAACUGUGUGUUUCCCAUGUACCUGCUGCUGCUUCUGAUUUUGUUCCUGAUUACAUAAAGGUUAUCUUUAUAAGGAUUCUUAUCUUCUGUUUUUUGAGGAAGAUUAGCCCUGAGCUAACUGCUGCCAGUCC